AGCCCCUGAAACAAGUCGACUUCCACGGCCACACGCCUUCCCUGGCGCCUCCUCCUCCCCAGACCGGAGAGUUCAACCCUAAUGCCGCUGCCGCCGCAGGUCUGAGGUCAGCGAAUAUGGGUGGUGUGACGUCCUCGGUGGCCGCUAAGUUCGCCUUCUUCCCGCCAGACCCACCGUCUUACGGCGUGGUGGACGAGGAGCCGCCUCCGCCGGGCGUGGCUCCGGCGGGGAGUGAUGCUGCUGCGCUUUCUAGGAGGGUGUUGAUGACGGGGGUUCCGUGGAGGGAGGGGGUGGAGGCACGUCGCCUCCGGACGCGGCGGGGCACGGAAAUUAUCGCCAUGUAUGUAGGGUGUCCCAAGGCGAGUCUCACGGUACUGUACUCGCACGGCAAUGCUGCCGACCUCGGCAAGAUGUAUGAGCUCUUCAUAGAGUUCAGCGCUCGCCUCCACGUCAAUAUCAUGGGGUAUGAUUAUUCUGGUUAUGGACGGUCAUCAGGCAAGGCAAGUGAAGCUAAUACAUUUGCUGACAUAGAGUCUGCAUAUAAAUGCCUUGUGGAGGUUUAUGGGACUAGGGAAGAAGACAUUGUUCUUUAUGGUCAAUCUGUUGGUAGUGGCCCCACUGUUGAUUUAGCUGCUCACUUGCAUCACAUAAGAGCAGUUGUUCUGCAUAGUCCCAUACUUUCUGGCCUGCGUGUCAUGUAUUCUGUGAAGAAAACAUAUUGGUUUGACAUAUAUAAGAACAUCGAGAAAAUUCCCCUUGUUAAAUGCCCUGUUCUGGUGAUUCAUGGUACAAGUGACGAUGUUGUCAAUUUUUCCCAUGGAAAGCAGAUAUGGGAGCUGAGCCAACAGAAGUAUGAGCCUCUGUGGAUCGAGGGAGGUGACCACUGUAACUUGGAGACCUUCCCAGUGUACAUAAGGCAUCUGAAGAAGUUUCUGUCAGCUGUAGAGAAGUUGCCUGCUGGAAAAGAAGCAACACCUGAGAGUGAGAAGUUGCUAGCUGGAAAUGAAAAACCAUCAGAUAGCGUUGCUCUUUCUGAGGUGCAUUUGAUGACCUCACAGAGGUUAGAGCCAUCGAGGCAGAGCUCAAGACACGAGCAGCAUCCUAGGCUGAGCACUAAACGUGUAUAUAAACACCGGCGAAGUACAGGCGUCAGGGAAAAGGCAAGGUCGAGCACAGAUAAGAAGGAGAGAUCAAGGAGAAGUGUCGACACAUUUGACAGGACAAGAGAUGAAAAUGAACAGACAGACAAACCAAGGAAAAGCAUUGACAGGCUUGGCGAGAUGAUUAGAUCAAUAGGCCUGUGCAAUGUUGAUUGCUUCAAAGAGCCUCCUCGAAGAACUGAGGCUUGAUGAGGUUGAGCGUAGGUGCCACUACGUCGCAGAAAUGCAUACAGUGUUUCUGCACCAAGCUCUAUCCAGUUGUCCUUGUGUUAGAGCAUCUGCAGUGACAUCUUGCAAAUCGGACUCCUCAAAAGCCCGUGUCCGGGGACUCUGACCGGCCACUUUCGUAUUCAACUGUGUGCAUUGGUCCCAACAAAAUAUUACGGACCACCAUGGCACCGCUUGCCGAGCAGACUUGAGUUGACGGUGCAUUGGUCCCAACAAAAUAUUACGUACCACCAUGGUCCUGUUUGCCGUGUGUUGACGGGACGCAUGCGCACAGUCCGAGCGGGCCGAUAUACUGAGGGCCUGUUUGAUUCACAUCCAUACUUUGCUAAGCCAAAUUUUGGCAGCCAUAGUUUAGUUGGCAUAUGUUUGGUUUUUGCCAUACUUUGGCUUGCCACACUUUAUUGUCCCUAUGACCCAUUUAUCAUAGUCAAUUUUUUUGUCAA